UUUUUUCGACUGAAUUAAUGGAAGUUUAGUUUAGUUUCAUUAUAAUUCAGGUUCAUCCGAUUUAAUUCAGUUCGGUCCAAAAGGAGAGAGCGUAGAUGGACACACUCACACAGAUGAUGUGAUACAAUAGGAGACGGUAUGGAGGAGUAAUAGGCGGACAAAUAAUUGAUUAACAGAAUUAGAAAGCAAGAGAAGAUCUCCAUUGAAGUUGAAAUGCGAGGAGAACGAGUGAUUUUGAGAGGUAUUAUUAACAACAGAGCUUUCACUUCAUCAUCUUCAUCUUCAUCUUCAUCUUCAUCUUCAAUCCACUCAUCACAUUCACUUCAAAUUGGGAGACCCAAAUAUCUGGGUUUUGACCUUCCGGAUGUCCGGCCUUCUGGCGCCCCCUCUCAACCCCCAAAACCUCACUUUGAUGGGCCGAGUGCCGAAAUCAUUGAUGGGAAGUCUAUUGCUGCUAUAAUAAAGUCACAAGUAGCUAAUGAAAUUUCGAGGAUGAAGGACGCUGUGGGGAAGCGUCCUGGUUUGGCUGUUGUCUUGGUAGGUGAAAGAAAUGAUUCACACUCAUUUGUCCGUACCAAGAUGAAAGCUUGUGAUGAAGUUGGAAUCUUUUCGUCUGUGGUAGAGCUCUGUGCUGAUUGUACUAAGGAUGAAGCCCUUUGUGUGGUUUCUAAUUUAAAUGAGGAUCCAUCUGUUCAUGGUGUUAUUGUGCAACUCCCUCUUCCUCAACAUUUGGAGGAGGAGAUGAUUCUGAAUGUUGUUGAUCCUGGGAAGGAUGUUGAUGGUUUUCACCCCUUGAAUAUGGGCUGUCUUGCGAUGAAGGGAAGAGAGCCCUUUUUUGUUCCUUGUGCAGCCAAAGGCUGUAUUGAUUUGCUGUUGAGAUCUGGUGUUGAAAUUGUGGGAAAGAAUGCGGUCGUGAUAGGGCGAAGCAAGCUAGUUGGAUUGCCUGUUUCAUUGUUGCUGCAGAGGCACCACGCUACUGUGAGUGUUGUGCAUUCAUUCACCAAGAACCCACAAGAUCUAACUCGUGAGGCAGAUAUAAUCAUCACAGAUGCAGGUGUACCAAACAUGGUUCGAGGCAAUUGGUUGAAACCUGGUGCUGUUGUAAUUGAUGCAGGAACCAAUGCAGUGAAGGACCCAAAUAGGAAAAACGGGUUCCACUUAACUGGUGAUGUAUGCUUUGAUGAAGCCGUUAUGGUGGCAUCUGCAAUUACUCCUGUUCCGGGAGGAUUGGGACCUGUAACAAUCUCCAUGCUGCUCUCUAAUACUCUCGAUUCUGCUAAACGCGCUUAUGGAUUUGUCUAAGGUCUUAGCCUGUAAAGGUAGUUUCCAUCACAGCCAAAGGCCAUAUCAGUGUUUAAUUGCAAAUACAUGCAGAGCUGGAAUUGAAGUGGAUGCUAAGAGAAUCCAAUAUAAAGACUUAAGACCUUCAGAAGAACUUAGCUAUAUAGUCAUCCGAUACUAAGCCUGACAAAAUAUCCUUAUGCAAAGAUAUAGCAGAUGCAUUUCAACGCAACGAAAUACGCAAGGUAAAAGAUUUGGUUGUUAACAGCACCUUCAUUCAGCUAGGAGGAAUCACACCAUACUAGCUGCCCUUUUUUCCCGUUCUUGUAGACGUUCUUUCAUUUCCAAGAAGUCGACAAUUGUGAACUGAAAUGCCCGGUUCAUUGCUAACACCUACUAUGAUGUUUGGGUGCAGUUAACAAAGUACAACUUUUGAUGUUUCAUAUGCUCCUAUGUGUUCAUCCUAUUUUUGUUGUUGUUCGUUCAUACAAUCAGAUUCUUUCAUCAAUGGAUUCCAUAAAUUAGUAGCU